GCUUUCCAUGUUUUGGAAUUUGUACAAGCUAGACACAUGGGUAUCAGCAACAGUUUUUUUCGGCCAGACUUGAAGCUUUCGUCGAACUAUAAGUUGCAGAGGUGUGUGCUACUACUCUGACCUCUUGGUAUGGAAACAGCUUCUCACACAGUUGAAUGAAGCCCGGAUUCACCCGGAGAAAUUGACAUGGAUGAUGAAGAUGGCCGGUGCCUGUUAGAUGUAAUUUGUGAUCCUGAAGCUUUGAAUGAUUUCUUGCACGGAUCAGAUAAGCUUGACAGCGAUGAUCUUCUUGACAGCACAGGAGAUGCAACCAGUAACUACUUUGUGGGCCCACCUGGGUUACAUGUGCAGGAAUCUGCUGCUAACCAUUUGAAUGCUGAACCGAGCCAGCCUUCUGCAAGUGUUGACCUUGACUUUUUAGAAGAUGAUAUCCUUGGAUCACCAACUGAAGGUGGAACAAAUAUUUCUAAUUCAGACCAGCCCUGUGACAUUUUGCAGCAGAGCCUUCAGGAAGCUAAUAUCACUGAGCAGACCUUGGAGGCCGAGGCUGAACUGGACUUGGGAUCGUUCCAGCUCCCCACAUUACAGCCUGUGGUUCAAGCUACAUCUGAUGCUGCUUCUCAGAUUUUUUCCAGUGGGGCAGAUCUUAUUGGACUCCAGCAGUCUGCAGUUCUGACUCAGCAAGCUCUAGUACAGCAACCUAUGGGUAGUGAUGUUGUCAAUAAAACCAUUAGUGUUCAACCUUUCAUUCAGCAGGUAGGUCUGGGUAAUGUUACAAUCCAACCAAUCUCCAAUAUCCAGGCAUUACCAAAUGGGAGUGCCAGUGGGGCUCUGGGAAUUGGGCAGAUUCAAGUAGUAGGUCAGCAGAUGAUGGCCAUCAAUCCACCAAGCCAGCAAAUUAUUGCAAAACCAGUUCAGCAGACUCAAGUUACCACCAUGCCAGUUAGUAGCUACAUUGCUCCUGCAGCACCAGACCAGCCACAAGUGACUCUUAAUUCAGCUGGGUUGUCACCCCAGAGUGCAGGACUUGUGCUUCAGAAAGGGUUGCCCCCAGCAACAGCAGCACUGAAUGGAAAUCCAAUGUUCUGUAGUGUGUCCACCUCUCAGGGCACUCAAUCUUUGACAGUUACACCUAGUUUGAACAGUCCACUUGUACAAGCACCAAACAUGAUUAUUCAGAGAACACCUACACCAAUUCAGCCCAAGCCAGUUAUGCAGUCUAAGUAUUUCCAGAUAACUCCCAAGUUACCUACGCCAAACAGUGCAUUGACCAUUCAAAAUGAGGUAACACUGCAUCCUCAAGCACAGCAACAGGCACAGCCUCAGCAACAGCCACAGCAGCAGCAGCCAUCACCACAGCAGAAAACUGCACCGAAUGUAACAUUCAUGGCAGGGAAACAUGGCCAGAAUGUUGUGCUGUCAGGCUUUCAGCAAAGCAUCCCAGCAAAUAUGUUUAAGCAGCCUCAACCACAGCAACCGGCUUUGGGAAAGUCCAUGAGUGUCCACUUACUGAACCAAAGUGGGAGCAUUGUUAUACCUGCACAGCAUGUUUCUCAGACUAUGAUUCAGGGUCAGAACCAGUUUCUUCUUCCUGGACAACUUACUGGGACAUCAGCAGUCCAGAUACCACAACAGCUUAGUGUUGGAGGACAGAUUCUUGCUGCUUCACACCCUGGUGGACAGACUCACAUUAUUGCAAGCCAAGGACCUGGUGGACAGUUGAUUGCUAAUCAUGCAUUACCGGCCCAGAUUCUAACAAAUCAGAACCUUGCUGGGCAUUUGAACUUGGGGCAAGUGCUUGCAGCUCAGAAUGCUCAUGCGGCACAUAUCUUGUCAACACCUAUACUGCAGUCUGGUCAAAUGGGUCAGUCUGCUCUAUUUCAAAUGCCAGUAUCCUUAGCAAGCAGCUUAACCCACCAAACGCAAACAUCAUUGGCCAGUAGUACCGUCAGUCAAACUGGUCAAACAGUUAUCCAAGGAGUAAGUUUACCAAAUUCGGUUGCCAUGCUCAACACUACAGAUAAUCAUGGGCCUGCUGUAACCAUCCAGUCAGCAGUGACUAGAACCCAAAGUCCAAGUGUCGUUCAACCGCAACCCGCUACUUCUGCCACAAACCUGCUAUCCUCCAGUAGUAGUGACCAACCUUCAGUAAUGACUGUACAGACGGCACAACAACCUCCAGUACCUUCUCAAGCUCCAAUGUGUGUACAGCAACAGCCUUCUCAGUUGACUGCACCAUCUCAGCCAAGUCCUACCUUAGCUCCUAGUCCUGAAAAAAUGAUUCUGGGCCAGACUGGAGCUACAACUGUUAUCAGUCAGGAUUCCAUGCAGAUGUUUAUGCAGCAGAAAGAACAGAACCAGCAGCAGCAGCAGCAGCAAUUUUAUCAGAAGUCCCUGAACAUGCAGCAGGAGAAAGUCAUUAACCAGCCAACAGUGCUGCCUCAGUCACUACUACUCCCCUCGUACAGCAUAGCAACGGCAACUGUCACCACAACAAGCAGCGUCCCAGCCUCGGUGAUAGUCAGCAGCAGCAGCAGCAGUGUAGACCCUGCAGAUCAGCCAUCUGCUAGCCAAGAGCUGCCUUCCACUUCAAAUUUGGCAAUGGUGGAGCAUAAAGGACCAAAUCUGAUACCUCAGUUUUCAACUGGCCAGUCCCAACAGGCACUGGUCUGCCAGAUGCCAGCAGGACAACAGAAGCUUCCUGGAGCCUCCCCAUCUCACUCACUACCUCAUCAACCAUUAGGAGAAGGUUCUCAGCUCCAGUCUGUACACCUACCCCAGUUGCAGUCUCCACAUCAGUCACGUCCACCUUCACAACCUCAACCUGUCUCUAGACCCCCAUCGCAGCCUCAUUCCAGGCCACCUUCUCAACCUCAGAGUCUUUCAAGACCACCUUCUGAACCUGUAUCCCGCUCAUGCACCCCUUCUCAGCCACCAGUGCAGCCUUUGUUUGUCAUCCAGAAUCAAGUUUCUUCUUCCCCUCAUGGUUCUGCACAGCAUAGCAUGAGACCUUCUUCUCAGCCUCAGGUACAGGCACCUUUUCAGUCUCCUGUGUCACAUAGCCAAACAGAAACUUUACCCCAGUCUCAGCUGGCAUCUCCAACCCAGAUGCAGCUUCAGGUUCAACUUGCUCCGCAGUUCCAGACACAGACUGAAGCACAUGCUCCGGUACAGCCUCGACCACAGCCUCAAGCCUUAACUUCUGUUGAAAGUCAACACAGUCAGCCUUCACAUUUUCAACUUCAGUUUCCAGCACAGUCCCAAGUUCAUACCCAGACAGCUCAGACACUUCACCUAACACCAGAUCAGCAGCGGAACCUUCAGUUAGUGUCAAGUAAUCUACAGACAUACUCCGCAAUUCAGAAUCCUUCUCCACAGCAGAAGAUGCGUGAAAGAUUGCAGCAGGUACAGCACAGCAUUAUCCUUCAUGCAAAACAAGUUCCCUCUAGCCAGCCUUCAGUCAGCAUGAGCCAAUUCAACAGCCAUCCAACAACAGUAUUUGUCAGUAGUCAAGGACAAACUGCAACCAUGACAACAGUCGCCCAGGCUCAGUGUCAUUUGCAAGGUUCAACUACAGCACAGUCACCUUCUAUAGUUCAGAAUGAUGCCUCCCCUAUACAUGGGAAGGUCCAGACUCAUGGAGGAGGAGCAGGAGGACCGCCUGCGCAGUUAGCUACGCUUUUGCAGCAGACCUCUGUUUUGGUGAAAACAUCCUCUGCAGUGUCUGCCAGUGCAAAUGUUGAUCGUUUACAACAUAAAGCUAAGAUGAAACAGAAAUAUAAACCGAAGAGUGUGGCAGCUUUUAACCCUAACUAUGAACUGAAUGGGGCCACAACAAGAAACCUUAUUGUUAAUUGUCGUAGUUGUGGAAGCAGUCAUGAACCUAAACGAGAGAAGUGCUUAGCUUUCGGAUUUCAUUUUGUUCCUAUAAGUCCUGGUUCAUUGGUAAACACAUUAAUUGAUAGCAAGUUAUUUAUUAGGCAGCUUAAUUUACAGAUUUAUUUUAAAGGUGUACACCUAAAUCAAGGUGAAAUGUCUAGAAAGAGUUUGUUUAAUCCACCAAUUAAUUCAUCAUUAAAAAUUUUUGAAGAGUUAGUUGAAAAAGAAGCGAGACAACUGAAUAGUAAAGACAAUUACACUAACAAUUUGUCAGAAGAGGAGACAUUUCUGUUGAAAUUAUUAAAGGGCGAAAAUUGUAGAGUGAUGAAGCCUGACAAAGGGGGAGGGGUGGUCUUGAUGUAUAACGAAGAGUAUGACACUUAUAUACACAACAUUUUACAGGAUUCGGAACAUUAUACAGUCGUUUCCUGUAAUGAAAUUAACAUUUCAUAUUCUAAAAUUAAAUAUUACUUGUCAGAUCAUUUACUACAAGGUAGUAUAAAUAAGAAAUUAUUUAAUUUUUUGCAUGUUGAGAAUCCCAGGGUCCCUGCUAUAUUUGGGAUCCCUAAAGUGCACAAAGGGAUUAAUGAACUAAAAUUUAGACCUAUAGUAGCAAGAGUUGGUAGUAUCACUGAGCCUUUAGCGAUUUGUGUUGACUCCCAGUUGAAGAAAUUUAUAAACUCUGUUCCUCACAUAAAAGAUUCUUGGGAUUUUUUGAGGAGAAUAACUAAAGAUAAAUAUGAUGCAGAUACAUUCUUAGCCACUAUUGACGUGGUGGAUUUAUUCCCAAGUAUCCCACAUGAGAUAGGUCUAGAAUGGUUUGGAGAAAUUUUAUGCACUGAAACAGGAUUAGGCAGUAAUACUAUUAAUUUGAUUAUGGAAUUUACUGAAACUGUUUUGAAAAAUAAUUUUGUUUAUUUUAAUGGAGAUUUCUACCAACGGAGAAAAGGAGUUGCUAUGGGGGCAGCAUGCGCCCCUUAUAUGCUAAUUGUGUUUUUUACUACUGAAAGAGGUUACCCUAAACUUAUGGUAGACAAUUUAGCUGAGGAAGUUAUGAAGUACAAGGACAGUAAGUUCUUUCUAGGUCUAGGGUCCAUGGAUGAGACAACACAUUGUGAUGGUAGAGCUGAAUAUGGGGUGGCUUUAACACGCACCUUUUCCACCACAUCAUGUAAAGUAGAGGAAAUUAUUAAAAAAUAUUGGCCCAUUCUGAAAGUGAACGAGGACACAGAGGUACAUAUUCCAGAAUACCCUUCUUUCGUGAGAAGGAGAGGUAUGAAUUUGAAGGACAUGUUUGAGGAGAAGAAUGACAACACAGGGAAGGUUGUCAGGUCAAGAAGAGAUAAUUUAAAUGUGGUGCCUGCCGACAAUACAAAAUCUGGUGUUAUCAACUCUGUAUCAGGCCUUGGGAAGCUGCAAGUUGUUGGAAAAGUAAUGUCACCUCUUCUGUCAGGAGCAGCAGUGCAGGCACAGCAGCAGCAGGUGUUUGACAGCAGUCCUGGAAGUUUGAAGAGGCCCAUGGCACAACAGCACAGCAAAGAGUCUUGCUUCUUGGAACAUUUGAGGAAACACCAGGGAUCAGUAUUGCAUCCAGAUUGCCGGUCUUCCUUCAGUUCUUUUGAGGAUGCUCUUCAGAGACUCCUGCCUUAUCAUCUUUAUCAAGGAGCACUUCCUUCCCACAAGGACUAUAAGAAAGUGGAUGAAGAGUUUGAAAUGGUUUCCACCCAGCUGCUGAAACGUACACAGGCAAUGCUGAACAAGUACCGUCUCCUACUGUUUGAAGAAGCAAGGAGGUUGAGUCCAUCAGCUGAGAUGGUGAUGAUCGACAGAAUGUUUAUUCAAGAAGAAAAGACUGCAUUGGUCCUUGACAAGCAGCUAGCUAAAGAGAAACCAGAUGAGUAUGUUUCAUCUUCGUACAAAUCACCAUCACUUGUUUCGUCAUCUUCAGCAACAGCAUCUAAUACAUCAGAAGUUGGUCAUAUUGCAGAGUGUGUAAAGAUACCUCACGUGCAAGGUGCAGCUCAGAUCAACCCUACAAAAUUAGUUAUAAAGCACAGUGGUGGAUCACCUUCUAUAUCAUGGACAAAACAGUCUUCAUCUCUGGAUGUUGAUGAGGAUGCCUUGCCUUCUAGGAACAAACCUCCUAUUAAAACCUAUGAAGCACGCAGUCGCAUUGGGUUAAAACUUAAGAUCAAGCAAGAGGCAGGUCUUAGUAAAGUGGUCCAUAACACUGCACUCGAUCCAGUUCAUCAGCCUACAACUACUACAGUCAUCAAAACACCUGAUCAUCCAACAAUGACCACUUGUGCUGGCCAUAUGAAUGGGACUGUUGAUCAUGUUGCUUCAUCUCCUGCUUUGGACAGGAAGGCAGCUCCCACUACAACUUACUGCAGACUUCCACUGCGAAAAACUUAUAGGGAAAAUGUGGAUGCCUUUGUAACUGACAGACUUACUGAUGCAGGUUCAGUCAGUGUGGUCAGAAGGAUAGAGACUAUCCCAAGUACCAUUUCAGUCAAACAGGAUGAUGGUUCUCGGAGUGUGAUCACCACAGUAAAAACUGAGGAGAAUCCACCUGGCUUAACACUGAAGGAAACUUCAGAUGAAAACUCAAAAAUUUCAUUUUUAAAAAGGAGUGAAACUUGUACCCUGGUUUCACAGGAUAACUUUCGUGCCAAGACGGAUGAUUCAACUAGUGGCCUUAUGAAGGAACUUGCUGAGGUGGAAGACGAGUUUUAUCAUGGGAUAGUUAAACAAGAACCACCUGACAGUUCUGCUUCAGAACUUGCCUGGGAGGUGUCCUUACCACCUACCAAGCGGAGAAAGUCUGAAUCGUUGGACGUAGACAAUGCCAGUUUUUCUAGUGAUAGUCCACAGGAUGAUUCACUAAAUGAACACUUACAGAGUGCAAUUGACAGUAUCUUAAACUUGCAGCAGCCUCAUACUAGUGGGCAAAAUGCCAGAACACCUGCUUCCUCUUGCAAUUCUUCCUCUUCUCCUUUUUCUUCUCCCAUCCACCGAACUGAAACCUACCUUGCACCCAAUCAUAAUGGUGGCCUUGGAGCAAGGACGUAUAAUAGAUAACAAAAAAUAAAAACUAAUUGAAAUAUAGCUCAACUGCUAGAUGAUUGUACUACCACAAUGUGCACCAAAAACCCAGUAUGUGGGUCAGAUCAGCAGGGGUCCGAAAAUAGCAUGACCUUGAUUAGUGUGUAUUUUGGUGUGUAAGACGGCCAUAAUAUUUGCCAGUUUUCAUGUUACAACUGUGAAAAUGACAUAUGACCAGAAUGUGCUAAUCUUUGUAGGUCUUGCUGGCCUUUCAUUUACAAUCUGUGGUAUUAGAGUUCACAGUAGCUUCCUUUAUAAUGAUUUUGUGUCAGAUUUAUGACAGUUGUUAAAUUAAUAAUAAUGGAAGCAGGAUUGCACUGCCAUUCUGCUGUGAAAUAGCUCGUAUAACCACACUGGCUUCCAAUUGCAAAGCAAUUUUUAAUUUGGCAGGCUUGUAGUUUGGAAGCUUACUGAGCAAGUUUCCAAGGUUCUUGGAAAAUAUCCAGAUGUGUUACUUUGAAAGUUAGCAUGUACAUAAAACAAGCCAAGAUACCCAUGUGAAAUAGUAGCUGAAGAGCCAGCAUUGCCUACAACAUGUUGUCAGCUGUCGUUACUAGUUCAGCAGCAGUAGGUAACAUUGUCAUGUGUGGGUUAACUCUUGUCGAGACUCCAAAAUUAUGGCCAUGUGCACAGUAUGGCUGGGAAGGGAGGAAGCUGUACUGCGUACCACACCAGUAGCAGUUAGUCUGUCAGAUACAUGUACACAUAUUUGGUUAACCAGAUGUGAUUUUUUAUUAUUUACAUAAAAAGGUUUCCUUGUCUCUUAUUUUAAAUUUAAAAUGUCACAUAACUCAUGAUUUAGUCUGAGUAUAGAGUAAGUGGAGAAGAAAGACACUUUUUUCUUUGUUUGUGGUGGUCAUCUAACAUCAUGGAAAAUGUUACCCAGAAGGUGAGGUAUGGAUACAGAGUGCCAUUAUACCAUAUCAGCACACACUGAACAGAGUACUUCCAAAACAUACAGUCCAUAGGCUGUCCAUUUCAUUGUUACAUCACUAAGAUUUUGUGAUUUUCAGCUGACAUUGUAGCUGUUUUAGGGCACUUACAUUUUCUAAGAAAAUGCUAUAGGUUUUAGUUAAAAUUGGAUUUGUCACACAGCAGUGUUACACAGUUGAGGACUGCAUUCUUUAGUAAUGAUGCAUUUUUCACUGCAAAUCUGUAGCCCAAGUACUUUGCAGUCAGGAGUGUGCACGACUGAUAAGAGGCUGGGAGUGAUGUCUGCUUAGUGACUAGCUUCAGCACUCUAGCAAAUUAAGUGAAUAUACCAACUUCAUCUUCAGUCAUCGUGUGUGUGUGUAAAUUUAUGUUUUUGUACUGCUAUACAGGUGGCAGUACCAGCCUGAAUUCUUUACUUUCCAACUUUACAUGAGGACGUAACCCUGAAUUUAGGGGAGAGAUGUUUCUCAUCCUACAGUGGUUACAGUAAAAUGAAUAGCAAUAAUUCUGUUGUGUUGAAUUAUUCAGUCGUAAUAGUAGCUGUUUGUCUGCCACCAUAGCUAUUCUGAACAUUUAGGGAGGCUUUCUUGAGCUUUGCUUUACGCUUUAUGCAUCUGAUAUGAUGAAUGUCAGUAAGGAUUUAACAGGUUAUCAGUUUGCAUUAAAAAGCUUCUUUGUAUCUAAUCUAAUUUCAUAAAGAUUCUGCAAUAGGUUCAGUACCCUGAAAACAUUAGUUGAGAUUUGCUGUCUGCCUUGACCCUAUUUUUUGCUGCAGUUUGCAUUUGUUGGACUUGGUCUUUUUGUGGCCCAUGUCAGUGAGUGGUUGAAGGCCAUGCUGUCCACCACUUUCUCUAAUUCUGUGUCACCUUUCUCUAAUCUUUUGCUUCCUAUCCUUGCAUUCAUCACAGAAAAUACCAUUAUUCACUGCUGAAAGCAGAGAGAGAAAGAGAGAGCAGUCUUGUAAGUUUAUGAACUUGUCCAUGUCACAUAAUUUCAUAGGUAGGAGCAUCUAUAACUACUUAUUUCGAUAGUAUAGUAUUCUGAAAGUGAUGCUACUCAGCUACCUGGCAAUGCUUCAAGAUGAGGCUUGAAACUUUGACAAGUCCAUUCCCCAUUCAAAUGACUUUUCUCGGGGAAAAAGUACUGUUUGAGGACUCUGUGGUGGAGACUGCUCAAGCACAAAGUAAAUCAGGAAUUAUUUUGAAGACUAGUUUACCUUAUUGAAGUGAGAAUUUGAUGACGUUAGUCGAUUAUGUAAUGUGCCACCUGUCGCAGAGGAAAGCUAGUACAGCUCUCCUCUUUGAGUCACAUUUCUGGGAACCAAACGUGGGUUGUAAAACCUGGGUCCAGUUGCAGCCUGGUCACCUUCUUUCUUGGAGAGCUCACUGCUCAUGGCUGCUUCAUCACUGAGUGUUAAUGCAGGUCUGUGACUGCAGAAUUUGAACCUCUGGGUGAACCUAUUCUUGAAGCAGAUUGUAUUGUUUUUAUUUUGUAACCUGGAAAAUCCAGAUUUCUGAUCAAUCCAUCAUAAGUAAAGGCUGCUUUUAAACGUUUUUCCAUGCAACAGGUUGAAGUGGGAAGCCUUUCUUUGAGAUUAUAAUGAUUGCAUCCUUGGAGCCCAAUCUGAAUCUAGAUGUCUUUAUGUCCUUUCCACUACAGAUCUAAUAGGCCUUAGCACCUAACUUUUCCCUCUUUCCAGGACUUUAUUACAGGCUUCCUAGUAAUGCCUCUUCUGUGUACUCAUAGAUCUUUGAAAGUGGGCUACAGUUAGUAAAACUGAAGCAUCAGGCAUUCUUGUUUUUCCAGGCUCUGAGGAAGGUUAUGGUUUUAUUGUAGUCUCCUGACCUUAGAGCUGUUAGGAACAUGUUCAGCACUAAGAAAGUGAACUUGUAAAGAACUGACUGUAUUUUGAUGCCACAGGUUGUCUUGCACGAGGGCAUCUGUCAUGAGCUUAUGUAACUAUGAAGCCUCUGCUUGAUUGGGAAGUUCAGCAGUAUAGAAUGACCUUUACUGCAGCAGAACAAUUGCACGUUUCUGUUUUCUCUGACAGAGUAAUUCUUUUACAUGAGACGUCACCCUACCAUUUUCAUUCUCUAGAUCCCCUGUGCAAGUCACGUGAUUGCACUGUCUCAAUUUAUAAGCUGUCCUGACCCACCCAUGUCCAUGAGAGUUCAUUUAUCUGGUGUCUGGAUAUCAUUUUCGCUAUUCUGCAGAGUUGUUUUUCCAGUCUGUGGCAUACUUCAGCUGUACCCACAGUCCUUGAUCUUGUUGGACGGCUGUCCUGUGUCUUAGUGAAUGCUAAUUAAGCAAUUCUUGAAAAUAAAACUCCUGUUACCCAUGUCUCCCCAUUUAGAAUAUGAAUUUCUGGAGAUUUGAAUGUUAUGAUUAUGAAACGUCUGUGUUGUUUAAAUUACCUUUCUCAGUAUCACUAAAGUUUUCUUAGGCCUUUUGAUUACAGUUACCUUAGUAUGGAAGACUGCUGAGCAGCUUUUAUUUUCUGUAAGGACAAGACAUCUCUUUUGGGCUCUUCCACAUUUUCUGAAGUAGAUAAUCUGCGAGCUUUCUUUAACUCACUCAUUUCAAAUUUUGCUCUUAUUCCAAAACAGAGAAGGUAAGUUUUUGUUUCUGGCAUGUGACACACCCUGGCAGCUAGAGGUCUGCCUUUAUAAGGCUGAAUGAGAAGCUGAAACAAUCCCAGGGGCAGGGUGACUGACCACACCACUGAUCACGUGUUUGGCUGAUGAACCUUGUGUCAAGGGGCCAGCUGGAGAGGUUGAGUUUGUUGUGAAAUGAUUGUUCCAUCAUGUAGAGGAUGGGAGGGUACUCACUAUUGUAGCAAAGAGCUCUGAAAGAAAUCAGAGCUACAGUGAAGCAUGUAGGAUAGACAUUGUUCAUCAGCUUGAGCUGCACCCUUGCCUUGCAUAUUUGUGGAUAUAUGCAUACUUAAUUUCUUCCUUGGGUGUUCAGUGAGGCUGACAAUUCCUGUCCUUUCUUCUUACUGAUGCUGUCUGUUUGAGCUGCUUCCCUUUUAGGUCAUGAAGGGCUGAGAAUUAAUUGGGUUCAAUGGAAACAGUUGUCUAACCCUGUUAACAAAUUCUAAGUAAAAUUAAAUAAAUAAAUACAGGCCUUAGUAGACCUCUUAAGAAUAAAUAGUGGUAAAGAAAGUAGACAAAUCUUACCAGCUGUUAGAUUUAUUCACAUUAUGUAAGGAAAACACUGCCAAAACAAACUAAGCGAUGAGUAGUUGUGUUUCUGCUUCCACAAUGAAGACAUGCCUCUUGUAGGUAGUGUCAAAUGGUAGCCCAGCAAAAGUCUAGCUACUUGUGAUGAUUGUUUUAGAAAUGUGUAGUGGCAGACAUUUAAAUGCUUCCACUCUUCAGUCAUUACUGAAACACUUCACUCCACAUUUCAGCUUUGGGUAUGCAUUCCUAGACCAGGAUUAUUUUGAUAAGCCAGUCCUGCAAGGCAUUCUUACACAAAGUUCUUCCUUUGUUUCUUCACUCUGUUUCAGUGUAAUUGCUUGCAGCAGGAGCCCUCUUGAAGUAAGACGGUCAUGGGUAAGUUUUGUGGGAGAUUUCCUGAUUUACUUGGCAAAAAGAACAGUAGGUACGUAAUGGUGACAAGCAUGUCCCUUUAACUCACAUGCAUGAGAUAUUGGCACAUAUCCGGAGAUAGCUGUCCACAAAUGCUAGCGUUGUAAAAAGUAGUGCCCAUGUGGAAUAUGAUCCUUUGAACAUUAGAUUCAAGAUGCUUGCCUGCUGCAGGUGUCCAUCUCAAAAGUUUGAGGAUAUUCUAAGUACUUGCAUAGCUGUACUUUUUUUCCUAGCAGAAAGUCUUGUUUUCAUAUUUUGUCAUGUUCUGUUUAUUAUAAAAAAGUAAAGACUACAUUAUUUUAAGAUUACAGGACAUUACAGUGUUACUGCAUUCCUGUACAGCAGUCAAACAGAAGUGUCUGUUACUUUGAAAAAUUGCAACACUUUUUUGAUAAGUAGCUUUGUUGUUGAAAAUAUUGCACACUUUUGGGAUAUCCAUGUGAUUGAUGCACAGAAUUUUUUUUAAUACUUGCAUUUUUUUAAGGACGCUACUGAAGGACUGGUAUUGACUGGAGUAUUGACAAUACAGAAACUUCCAGUAGAACAUCUGGUAAUUGUUCAGCAGUGAAUGGAAACAAGAAGUGAAGAGUGUUAAAUGAUCAGCCACAAAAGUAAAGCAGCUAUACAUAAGCUAUACACAAUGUAAGAUGACAGUUAUGUUUAGUCAUUUCUGAUGUGUAUUUUCUUCUUGGGUCAUAAAAAUGUUUUUCUUCCGUUCACUACUUUUGUUUCUGAACCGUGGAGAUAAUCAGUAUUCUGAAACAUUUUUUAAGUGGUUUCCCAACACUUGUCCACAUGAAAUGUAGCUGUUUAUUUUCUUGAAAAUAGAUUUCUCUGUUUUACUGUGUGCUAAUGUGUGACAUGUUCUGACCCUCAGAAAAUGUAGAGCUCAGUGCCUUGAAUUAUCGUUUUGCAGUAUUUCAGAAAGGGUAAGAAUGAUAAGUUGCAGUUAGGCAAAGCUAGAGAAGGGGAAUGCAAACUUGAUAGGAUACAUAAAUGUUGGUGCCUGACAUGUAGCAGAGUGGGUCCUCAUGGAAUGGUGGCAAGAUUAAUUUUGUUUGAUCAAGCAGUAACACCAUUUAUUUUGAUACAAUAGUUUGCAUAGACCUGUGCCCAGAUAUCAUUUGUCAGUUCAUUAUUUGGUGAUAUAGUAGGAGGUUUGAAUUCCAGAGAUUGUACAGAGUUUGCAUUCUGCAUCAAGGAGGAGGGAAUAGCAUUUUUUUCUGUAAUAGCUACUUCCUCCCAGAGUUGUAAUUGUUUUGGUGAGGCAGGGUCCAUGUGUUAUGUUCCAGUUCCUUUCAUAGUUGUUCUAGGAGUUCUGCCCUGCCUUCAAAGCAGUGGGCGCUGAGUUCUUGGAAGCCAGCUUGUUAUUCCUGUCCUGAGUGGGGGGGGGAUCUAGGAUUUUCAAGUACUUAAAUUUGAAUGCAUUUUGUUCUAGACUGUUUGCAGUUUUGUUUGUAAAUGUAGAAAAGCUCUGUUUUUCUUGUAACUUGUCAUAUUUUUCGUGUUCACCACUGAUCUUUUCCCUCAGCUUUACAUCUUCCUUUGCUGCUUUUAAAUGCCAGUUAUUGGCUUGAGAAACUUCACUUCCAGAAGGCUUCAGCCCCUAAAAUAUUUUUGAGGGGAAGGGUGGGUGUGCAGCAGGACUACAAUGGAUACAUCCGUUUAAAACCUGUGGGAUGACAGUAGUCCUGAAAUGCAGACCGCAAAACUUGGAAAAUGCGUGUAUUUGUCUCGGCACAUCUUUAUUCCUCUGUGCUGAUUGCCCCACUUCGGCUUUCCACUAAAGGGGUGAUGAUUUAGGCAAACUCAUGAUAGCCUGGUGUACAGUAGCCCUUUUAUAUUAAGUGGCAGUAGCACUGUUCUUAUGCCUUAAUGUUCUGUUUAGCUAAUGAAGUACUCCCAUCUAAUGGGAAAGUAAAUUGGUUCCAGAAAUGGAGAGCCUAUCUGGGAUUGUCUUUAUCUGUUUCUGUUGGUUGCAUGCAUUUUUUGUACAUUUGAAACCAGUGUUGAUAAUUUCUCAGUCUCCUUUACAGUAACAUUUAGAGCAGAACCUGGCUCCUGGCUAAAGGGAUGGAGCCCUGACUACAACCCAGACAAUUGGUACAGUUAGCGGCCCUAGAACUGAAGGAGCUGGGCAGGGAUGAUGUAGCGGCAGAGCCCACUGGUCUGACUUUGGGGUAAAUGGGGUGUACAUGCUUGGGACAGGGGCAUAAAUGCGGGCAUGAUUGUCCCUGGUAGAGAUCAGGAAGAGCAGCCUUUACAUCCUUACUGCAGAUGGUGUGAUUUUUUUUUUUUUUUUUUUGCUGGGAACAUUCUAUUGGAAAUAGGGAAACUGCCCAGCACAGUCAACCCAUUCCAAACCUUGCAAGUAGGUAGCUUUUCCAUGCAUGUACAAGGGAGUAGGAGCACAAAAUAAUACAAAUCUCAAACCACCUCUGAUGGUACCUGAAUGGAGUACCCUUUCAGCUCCUCUGUGGGGUGACAGGGACUAAAUGUGCCAGUUGGCUGGUGAAGGAUGGAUGAUCAGCAAUCAGUGGAACAAAGAACUACAAAAAAGGGCUCUCUUUUCAUUGCAUUUAAUCUUUGUAAUUAAAGUAUUGCUGGGUAAUAAGUAUUCCAUUUUGACAAAGCCAUUAUCACAUUUUUAGUUGAUUCUUAUUUGCAUUUUGUUUCUGUUUUUGAGCCUUACUAAUUUUUCCAUGGGUCUGUUGAUGCACAGUUCUCCAGUUUGUGGUCAUGGAGCUGGGUCACUGACCAUAGCUUUAUUUUUCCUUUAUUCCCACCCCUUGCUUCUGUACUAGACCACUGCCAGCAGCUUGCUUUAUCUGCUCAGUCCUUCUUACCAAAGUAAGCUUUCCUUUUUUGUCAUCUCUUUGUGAGACCUGAAAUUAUUCCUGAGCCUUAGUUAUAAUGCUGCAGGUGGUCUUCUGCUGCCAUACUUCCAUUUUUCCAUUUUUUUCUGGUAAAUGGUUAAUGUCAUUUCACAGGAUGUUAGUGCAUUGCAGGGACAAAGGACAACUGGGAUUCAUUUAAGCUUUUGUAGUCCUUGGCAUUUACAGUAGUGUGCUGUUGGUGGUGUGAAGUUCUCUAUUUUAAGUACUGGUAGAGUUGAACAGACAAGAAGUAAUACAAUCUGGAGUGCUAGCUACUAUAGAAAAGAUUUAUAGCUUGUCUACAGAUAUCUGUAGUGCUGUAAUGGCACAAUUUUCAUAGUGAUAGAAAAGAUCAUUUUCUCUUGUGGGGAUUAUUAAAUGGAUUAAUGGAUUUUAAUUUGGUAGUUUUGACUAGUGAGAUGUUACGUCCCUGUAACAAGAGGUGUUGCUUAAAAUAUGUGAGAAGUGCUCUUCUUUUCUGAUCCAGAGCUUAUUUCACCUAUUUUCUGUGUUAAUGACUUCUGUUAAUUGAAGGUGGAGGGUUUGUCAUGAUGGUUAAAGUCUUUACCUCUCAGGUACAUGGUACAGGGUUUGAUUCUGGCCUCUGACUGUUGACUAGACUUGUAGUAAUCUGUAGACUGAUAGCCUAGUGAACAUAUAAAACAAAGUAAACAUCAUGAUCAGAUAUUAAAUAUAGUUUGGUGAUCUGUUAAUUGGUUUGCUGAUCUGUUAAUUGUCAUCCAGUAGGGCCAUUUCAGUCAUGACCCCGGAACAUGCAAGGAUUUACAAAAAAAAUGCACAUGCAGUUUACUAAAGUAUUAACAUUGUCAUAAAUUGUGCAACAUUCUUUGAAACUGCAGGAGCACAACUGAAAUAUUAUAAACUUUACAAUAUGUUCAGGAAGGACUUCAGUUUGCAGACACUAGUAGGCCACAGAGAACACACUGAUCAAAUGGAGUUGAAUCUUAUACCAGAGUGAGGAUAACGUAGAAGAGAAGAGCUUGCUGCUAGAGGAAUGUAUGUGAUGAAAAGUGGUAUGGGGCUGAGAGAAGUGCCAGGUUUGAAAUCAUUUUCUGAAAGAUCAUAAGUGGACAGAUAUUGGGCUAGCCUUAAAUAUUUUCUGGAGCUGUGUCCUCCUUAGGUAAUAUGCUUAGCAUCCUGCAGUUGUACUCUAGCGUCAUUUGUGGGUAGUUACAGUUAUUAACUAAGUAAGGACUUUAUAGUUGCCUUUAUCAUCAUGCUACUCAGGCUGUGCUGCUGUCUUUAUUUUGUACUGUUUUAUAUAUUUUUUUUGCCUCUGUGCAUACAACAGGCGUCUGUGAUAUUUUUUAUGUGAACACUCAUCAUCCACUAGGCCGGAAGUUUGUAGGUUGUGGGUUGUACUCCCAUGUCUGAAUAGAAUGAAUGCAACAUAAGGACAUGAUUGGGUGCAUCUUUAGAGCUGGAUUCCGCCUCUUUCAAUUUGGUGAUAUCCUUUCAAGCUGGGUGAUGGUACCGCAGCUUAGCACAUUCAUUAACAACACUGCCAGUCCAAAGCAUUGUGCACAGAGUACGUUGAAACAUUUGUACACAGGUUCAGUAUACGCACAGACUUCACACUUGAGUACAUGGAGUCCCACUCAUAGGCUAUUUCUUAAGGUGGUAUCUGAAGAUAUUUAAGUGGAUUAGAAAACCAAACCCAUGCAUUUCUUCUGCUUUGCAUUUAUGUAGUUAUUCACAUUAAAUCCUAGCCCUAGCUGUGCUAGAGGUUUGCAUUGAGCUCCCACUGAGCUUCUAUCUGUAAUGCUCUAAUUAAUGAAGAGAAGCUGCUGUGAUGUGGUCCCAUUGAUUCCAGGCUUACCUGUGAAGCUUGAUUAACACCUUAUAAGUAGGGUGUUUGAUUAAGUUUCUAAUAUACAAGAUAUUGUUUCAAGGCUAGCCUCUGUUUCUUGGUUUAGGGCACUUCUGUUUCUUAUCUGCAGGUGGUCCUCAAGUCCAGCAUUAUGUUACUGUUACCAUUGUCAUUCUUAAUUGUAAGAAUUUGGAUUAAAGUUUGAUCCUGACACAUCUUCAUGGUAAAAAUAGGCUUUUGCUAGUUUGUAGCAGUAAAAGAAUUUUUCUUUUUAGUUUUUGUCACAACACGGAGACAGUUUUUCUGUGUUUGCAUGUGUUUUAGUCUUCUUUUACAAACUGAGCUCCUUGUUUGCCUUUACACCCUUAAUUUGGUCACCUACUAUUAAUAGCCAGCUUUUAAUGGAGGCUCAUUUUUUCCAUUUAGGUUUUAAAAAUGGCAACAUCUUCAUCAACAGAAAACUGAAAAAAAUGUAAUUUGGCAUUGUACAGCUUGUAUUCCAAAUAUAUCCUUUGUAUUAUUUUCAAUAUUUAAUGAAAAACAUGGUUUUACAGAUGUACUCUUUCAUUGCAAAGCCCUUCAAACUCCAGUGCCUCUUGAGAUUAUUUUGUAUUUUAUCAUAAUCCUAGGGCAUAGCCACAAAGUGUGCUACCAUCAUUUAGGUUUGCUUGACAAAUGAAGCAUAGUCUUGGUAUCAGUAGUAGCUUCUUGGGGUGGAUAAGCUGGUGUGUGUUGAGAGCAUCACUCUGAUAAUGCAGGGUGAUUUUUUUCAAGGAGUAUAGAGACAGCUUUAUUCUUGAUUUGUGUGCAUCAUGAUUUAUGAAACCAAAUAGCAGACGUUUUAAUUUUUUAACUUUUUAGUGUAUGCCCUUCUUUCAGGCUUUCAUUUUGGCUUUUAAGUAGGGCAAGGGCUGGAUUGUUCUCAUGGUCAGCUUGUUGUUUACUUGACGUGUAGUGGCAGAAAAUUCUUGUGUUGAAAUGUCCAUUGUUAGUUGGCUACAAGUUGUAAGCCUCAACAAAGACCUUAAAGUUUGACACCUAUUAAGGAACACCAAAGACCCUGUCACCGAAUGAUUUAUCUAUGUCAGCCUUGAACUUAACCAAGACUGAAAGCCUUUCUAAUCCCUAAAGGCAGUUUCUUCCUUAAUUUACCAGCCCUAUGAUGGAAGAUAUUUUUCCUUAAUAUAGUGUUGUGAACUGUUCUGUUCACACCAAAAAGAAAGAAAGAAAAAAAAAUGAUAGUACUCUGACAAUGCUGUCUAAAUUCCAAACCUAAGGUAACCAAUAGCACUAUAUCAUUCAUGCAUUUACAUGCAAUUAUAAGGUCACCUCUGACCAACCUGUAGAGAACAGAGAACAGUGACAGUUGUUUCAAUGUAUUUCUACAGUUCAGAUCUUUUACUUACUUUUUUUCUAUGUAUCAUUAUGCGUUAACACUACCAUGUCCUCUUAAUGCUUUUGUUCCGCAACAAAGGUGUCAUAGAAGCUUCCAUCAUGAAAUGCGCUUGGUACAGUCUACUAAUUGGUGAAAGCUUGGAUGUCAUGUGACUGGCACUCAGGCACUUGGACUUCUGCUAUGUGUUUAAAUGUUUCAUUUUAAGAAGCACAAGGGCACGGUUACAUAUGCCAAGUGUGUACCUGUAUAUAAAAGCAGACUGUAGGAAUGUAUAAGAAGUCCUGCAACCAUACAAUUGAUGGCAUUAGUGGUCACUGAUGCUUUUAUUUUGGUAGGCUGUGGAUGUUAAUGCUAGCAUGCAAGUCUGUUUUGUUCUAGUGUAUCACUUCUUGACCAUUACAAAGCUGUGCUGUGUGACAAAAAUGCAGUUAUCAGAUUAAGGUGCCCUAUGUUCACCCUGUCCAUGCUACUUAUCUUUUACUCCUAUAGGAGCACAGGAGCAAACCAGACGUGUCUGACGUGAAUAUCUCCUGUCCUCAUUUAAGGAGAAAAAAAAAGGUUGACUGUGAAUUGCCUGUUUGGUGUGUUCUGAAUUGCAGAUAAAGAAAAACACAAGUCUGACUGUAUUAUUAUUUUUGUUUCGUUUUGUUUUUUUAACUCAAAAGCUUUAAUUUUAUUUUGGUAACAUUUUCAUACAACAUAAUGGGGAGGGCUGAUAUUUCUUAGUAUAGUAGUUAAAUUUCAGUGCCUACAUUCAAAUUAGGGGAUAGAUUGCACAUUUCCCCAUUGUCCAUAAAAUCUGGACAGACUAAUGUUGCUGCUGGAAAGGGUUCAUAACAUUUAUGAUUUUGAAAAUUAAAACAACUGGUUUGUAAACUCCAUUUUUUGACCCCUGCUGUAGAAUAUUGUUAUGGAUUAUCUACAUUGAAAGUUUUUUCUUUCUACCCCCCCCACCCUUUACUGCCCCCGCUGGUACCAAUGAACACUGUCACAGUUUGGGAAAAAAAAGAAAAAUAUAGUAUAAAAUAAUUUUGUACUGUAUUUAUUGUGUAUAAUUUUUUAAAGAACUAUGUACAUUUAGUACCUCUGUGUAAAUUAAAUUGCUCCUCUUUUUAAAAACUGUAUAUGUAUUUUUUUUCCUUUUAAAACAUUUAAAUACACAGUUUCAAAUGUGAAUUA